AUGUCCAUUGUUCUUCAGGUCAAAUUGCAACAAGAAGAAAGACAUCCAUCGGAUCCGACGAUGAUCCUGAAGAUCUACGAUCGCCAAUACUCACCUGAACUGCGUGAAUUCAAGCACUCAGGUCCAGCGACCGCCGAAACCGAAGAUCAAUUCAUCGCUUUCUUGAGACAAGGCUGUAUGCCUCAAUUCUUGCUUGACUAUGAGGAGGAUGGUCCAUUGGCCUAUGACGAAUGGGAUACGCCGAAGCGAGAGGCAUACUUUUACGCCAGAUCCAGCCUAAGUCACGAGAUCGAGCUGGACGUGUACGACAAACUCGUCGACAUGCAAGGCAUACACAUCCCGACGCUCUUUGCAGAUGUACGAUUGUCUCCACAAUAUACUGUCAUACAGCAAGAUGAGGGGUUGACGGAGUACACGGAAAUUAGAGCCAUCCUCAUGGAACACAUUUCCGGUUUUCCUCCCCACGACAUUGUGAAAGAAACACCAGAGUCAGAUUGGGCUUCCAUUUGCAAUCAAGCCGUGGAUAUCAUCAGAAAGAUCGCAGAAAACAACUUCAUCAAUUUCGACAUCAAGACGAGAAAUAUUCUUGUCCGACAAUGUCGUUUCCGCGAUCCUUCUGAUAGUGAUGAAGUAUGGCGAGAGAGAAAGAGGCAGAAGAAUGAAGAAGGAGCUGGGAAGAAGUACAAGGGAUCUUUGCCUCUGCCGUGGCAGUAUGAGCCUUCGGGAAGGUUUGAUGGCGAGUAUAUCGAGUUGUAUGAUAAUGCCGAAUGAACGGG